AAUUUUGUGCACAGUCAUUCAGAUUUCUCGUCUAUAUUUACCUUCCAAGAUUCGAAAAAGUGAACAGUGAACUUGCAUUUUCGAACAUGUCGACUGCACAUUUAGGACCAGGGUCUCAACAACCCCCCAAAGUCGACGGCAAACUCCGUCUUUAUUCGAUGGAAUUCUGCCCCUACGCCCAACGCGCUCGUUUGGUUUUAGCAGCGAAAAAUCUUCCUCACGACAUCGUCAACAUCAACCUCAAAACGAAACCAGAAUGGUACUUCAAAGUACACCCAGAAGGAAAAGUCCCUGCUCUAGACACCGGAUCCGAAGUUAUAAUCGAAAGCCUCGUCAUUUCCGACUACCUAGACGAAAAGUACCCGAAUCCUAUUCUUUACCCUAAGGAUCCUGCAGCCAAGAAAGAAGACCAGGAGCUGAUCAAAAAAAUCGAGUCCCUGACUAGCGUCUUCUAUAAGUUACUUCUGGGGAAAGAGGACCAGUCGCCGGAAGAAUGGGCCAAAGCAUUCGUUGCUGAGUUGGACGUAUUCGAGAAGGUUUUAGCUUCUAGAGGGACAAAGUUCCUCGGGGGUGAUAAGCCAGGAAUGGUCGACUACAUGUUAUGGCCUUGGAGCGAACGUAAAGGAGUUCUGUCCUUGAAAUUGGGCCAGAAGUUGCCUAUAGGUGAAGGCCAGCUGACCUUGGUACGUAAAUGGCACGAGGACAUGUUGCAAGAUGCAGCUGUCAAGGCUACGUACAACGAUCUAGAGAAGCACUGGAAACUUACACAGUCUAGAUUGAAUAAUACGUCUGUAGAUUACGAUAAAAUAUAAUUUUCUGUCUGAUAUAAAUAAAUGUUCAGUUUGA